AUGGCAGAUUUCGGCCGCUGCGUCGAGAAGCCCGCUAAAAUAAAAAGGUCCGCGAAUGCUGCCGCGGGCCUUGCAUCGAGGGCUGCCGCCGUUGUUGCUCCCUUUACUCCAGUCCUUACCACGACCACUGCCGCCGGAGCGGACCAAUAUCUGGAUUGUCACCAAUCCGCAUGUGCUGCUUGCGAGGCUAACGCUGCCGCCCAUCAACUAGCCAGCACUACUACGUACCUAGUAGCCACCCACCGGGUCCGGAAACUCGCUGCGCUGGCCCCCGGCGCCAUCCUUUCUUGGCCCGGCCCUGGCCGUCCCGCAGGCGGAACCACACAGGCCUACAGCACAGCACAUGCAACUGGCAGAACAUAUGGCGCGAGCUGCCCCUCCUGGCAAGCUGGAGCUUUCAUCACCCCCCCUGCUUCUGAUUUGGGGAACGUCCCUUGA